UUUAGUUACGCGCUGCCUGAGACAUUUAAAUUUACGCACUCACUAGUGGGGUGUCCGCUCUUCUCUGCUCUCUUUUCGCAUUGUUAUUUGACGCAUUUGACGUUUGUUUAUGUAUGUGAUUGGGAAGCAUUCGUAUUUUCCAAGGAGUUGGAUGUUUUAAAAAAUUUGUGCCUCAGAAACAUAAACAACUUAUAAUAUUUCUUUAUAAGCUUGGAAUUGAUUUCUGCUGUUGUUAUUGUGUUAAAAAAUCAAUCAGCCAAUCAAAAAUAUUGCAUUUAGCACCUAAUUGCAUACAAAGUGAGGAAUAUGAAAAAUUCGCUCAGCACAACCAAAGAAGAUGAGGCCGAGGGUAAUAGCUGCGAAGAGACGCGCCGUACCGCUCCCCGUUUGUCGCAUAUGGGUCGAGCUUUUUCCGAGAUGUCGCCUCUAAAUCCCGCUUCCACUACUUCCUGCCGAGGUGCUGGCACUACAAUACAUUUUCGCCGCGACUCUGGCCACUACGGCAACAUUUUUCCCUUUGGAUUUUUACGCACCUCACUGCAAAAGACCGGAAAUUCAAUGCAGCAUCUCAAUCGGUACGGAGAUUCUAUGGGUUCAUUAGCACAUCGAGCGCUCCUACAAUAUGUGGACUCUAAUGACCUAUCCGGUUUGCGCGCUAUCUUAGAUAGUCGGCAUUUAUCCGUCGAUGAUCGUGAUGAGAAUGGCACCACUGGACUUAUGGUUGUUGCUGGACGUGGCUUAACUGUUUUUGUGCGGGAAUUUUUGGCUCGCGGUGCAGAUGUCCAAGCGGAGGACAAUGACAACUGGACAGCACUAUUGUGCGCGGCCAAGAAUGGCCACUUCGAUAUCGUACAAUUGCUUAUCGAUAAUGGUGCAGAUGUUGAGCACCGUGAUAUGGGCGGUUGGACGGCGCUAAUGUGGGCUGCAUAUCGUGGUCAUACCGAUCUGGUGCGCUUUCUGCUGGAGAAGGGCGCAGAUGUGAAUGUGCAUGGCAACUACCAUCUGGGUCCACUUCUUUGGGCUGCCGGUCGUGGCUUCAAAGAGAUUGUUGACCUCUUGGUGCAACGUGGUGCUAAAGUGAAUGUUGGUGAUAAGUAUGGCACGACUGCGCUUGUGUGGGCGUGCCGUAAAGGCAAUGCUGAGAUAGUCGAUACUCUGCUAAAAGCCGGUGCUAAUGUUGACACAGCGGGCAUGUAUUCGUGGACGCCGCUACUGGUGGCCACUUCGGGCGGGCACACAGACUGUGUCACUUCGCUGUUGGAGAAGAGACCCAAUGUGAAUGCGCUGGACAAGGAUGGUAUGACGGCGUUGGCGAUUGCGAGCCGUGAGGGCUUCCAGGAAAUUUGCGCUGCUCUAAUCGCCGCUGGUGCAUACAUUAACAUACAAGACCGCGCCGGCGAUACUCCCCUCAUACAUGCCGUUAAAGGCGGGCAUCGCGGCGUCGUUGAGGCACUGCUGAAAAAGCACGCUGACGUCGAUAUUCAAGGCAAGGAUCGAAAAACAGCUAUCUACACGGCGGUGGAGAAGGGUCACACGCAUAUCGUGAAACUACUUUUAUCCACGAAUCCCGAUCUCGAGGCAGCAACCAAAGAUGGUGACACCGCCUUGCUGCGUGCCGUGCGUAAUCGUAAUUUAGAAAUUGUGCUAAUGCUGCUCGAUCGCAAAGCAAAAGUAACGGCAAGUGACAAGCGUGGUGACACCUGCCUGCACAUUGCCAUGCGCGCGCGGUCCAAGGCGAUCGUUGAGGCUUUGCUGCGUAACCCGAAAAACAGUCAACUAUUGUAUAGGGCGAAUAAGGCUGGUGAGACGCCGUACAACAUUGAUACCAUACAUCAAAAGACAAUACUUGGACAGGUAUUCGGUGCUCGGCGACUAAAUACAAAUGAAGACUCGGAAGGCAUGCUCGGCUAUGAACUGUACUCAUCCGCUUUGGCCGAUGUAUUGAGUGAGCCCACGCUAACCACACCCAUUACGGUGGGUUUGUACGCCAAGUGGGGCAGUGGCAAGAGUUUUCUGCUGAACAAACUCCGCGACGAGAUGAACAAUUUCGCCCGCCAGUGGGCGGAACCACCCAUAAAGACUAGUGGACUGCUAUUUAUUGUGAAUUUGCACAUCGCUCUGGUGUUAGGCACUAUAGUCGGUUUGUCUUCGUGGUCUGCUAUGUGGGGUACGAUAGCGGCGAUACUUUAUCUAGUUUUGACCUACCUCCUGCUCGCCAGUAUUAAGUACGCUAACAACCACAUGGACGUGUAUUGGGCCUAUUCGGUGCAGCAUGGAAUUACAAAGCGUAUUGGACGCCUGCGACUUAUUCUACAGGUAGCGUUCUGUCAUCCGCCGGGUGCGCAAGCGGAUGCCCAAGCGAAGCCAGUGCGUUUCCAUUUCGCAGAGGCGAGCAGUGCAUCGCCGACGGGUGAGGGGGCCGUUACACAUAUGUUGGCCGCACUGUUCGAGGCAAUUGAAUCGCACUAUGGUUGGCUUUCGACGCGGUUGUAUCGCGCUUUUCGCCCCAAAGCGCUGAAAGCGACGUCUGGAUGGCGGUGGCGGCGCAUGUGUUGUAUGCCGAUUGUGAUCAUCUUCGAAUUGGCUUUAUUAACGCUAAUAACGGGUAUCUCGCUCGUGGUGGCAUAUUUUACAUAUGCUUCGGACGAUGAACAGGAAAGGAUACUCGUCUCGAUUUAUGUGAUUUGCGCCGUUUUAGUGACUAUUGUCUGCACGAAUUUACAUAUAAUGGCCAAGGCGUUCGGUUCGCUGUUCAUUUCGCAGGGCCGUCAUUUGCGGAGGUCGGUGCGGCAUAAUGAGGGCGCACCCCUGACCGCGUUGGGAACGGAAGUGGCACUGAUGACAGAUAUGAUUAAGUGCCUCGAUGCCUUUACGAAUCAACAAAGUCGUCUGGUAGGCGUGGUGGACGCUUUGGACUCUUGCGAUACGGAGCGUAUUCUCUCCGUGCUCAAUGCGAUACAAACACUGCUCUCCUCACCGAAUCGGCCCUUUGUUCUACUCAUCGCUGUCGAUCCACACGUGAUCGCCAAAGCAGCCGAAGCUAACAGUAGACGUCUUUUCACCGAAGGCGGAAUUGGCGGACACGAUUUCUUACGCAACCUCGUACAUUUACCGGUGUAUUUGCAAAAUUCCGGUUUGCGGAAAGUACAACGCGCCCAAAUGACUGCAAUGCUUUUCAAACGAAACUACAGUGAAUUUCCCAACGAAGAUGGGCCGACACUGGGUCAUUCGGUUUCAGCGCGUCGCUUGUCGAAUGCAUCUGAAAUUAUGUCCAGUCAAGAGAAACUGCGUUCGUCACAUAAUCCAGGGCGCAGUGGCGGAAAGAAGUUGCGCUUGUCCGAGUCGGUGGCCAGUUCGAUUGGCUCGAAUCUACAUCGCUUGGGUCAAAAUCCGCAAGGGGUACUCGAUUUGUCGCGUAUGAUGCUAACCGAUGACUACUUCAGCGAUGUGAAUCCGCGUAGUAUGCGGCGACUCAUGAACGUCAUCUACAUAACAGUACGCUUACUGAAAGCAUUCCAAAUAGACUUUAGUUGGUAUCGUUUAAGUUCGUGGAUAAAUUUAACGGAGCAGUGGCCGUUGCGUGCUAGUAUGAUUGUACUGCAGCACGACAACUUCAUGGAUUCCUAUGACGACAAUUUGCCACUACAAGCAGUAUAUGAAAAAGUGCGCCCGAAGAUCGCUUGCCUACGCGAAGCUGCGCCACUACUCGAACUCGAUCGGGAUGAGCGCAAGUUAGACGCCUUUUUACAGUUGCAUAAAUCGGACUUGCUCGUGGCGGAUUUGCGAAUAUUCCUGCCCUUCACAAUUAAUCUCGACCCAUACUUGAGAAAAGUAUUGAAAGAGGACCAACAAUCAAUCGAGGAUGAAGGCACGCUAAUGCUGCAAAAUAAGCCUAGUGUUAACACUGCCGUACGCAUACCCCCACCAACGCCUACGUAUGUGCCUUCACCUGCUGUUUACCCACCAUAUCAACUAUUCCACAACGAUUAUGAGAUGAGACAUCGAAAUCCCAGUACGAUCUCGGAGAGUGCAUUAACGCCGUUGAUCGGGUCGCCAAGUGAAUCUUUCGCCGAUGACGUGCUGCAGACAAAAUUGUCCGACCUAACUGUGGAAGGUGUUAUAAGCCUAAUCGAACGUGUGGAUGAUCUGCGUCCCGCUUUACCCAAAUUGUCGCCAAUUCUCAGAGAAAAUGCGAUUAAUGGGCGCGUACUGAAAUACUGCGAUAUUAACGAUCUGAAAGGGGUUUUAGGUCUUAAUUUUGGUCACUGGGAGUUGUUCCGGUUGCUUAUAAACACGCUGCGAGACUGCGAGAAAAUGCAACGCAAAUUCAAGCCAACACCUGCGAUAGCCGAUGUGCCAGCAGCAGCAAACACAGCGGCGCCCAAAGACAUCACAGAUACACAUACCCUGGCGCCUAGUCAGCCGCAUUCACGCAAAAAUUCCACCACAAGUCACAUGGAAAAACAGGUUACGCUCGAGGAACAAAUGAUUUGUGGCGCUCUGCAAACCCUCAACGAGGAGGCUUUCGAAGAUGUGGCUAGCAGUGAACGACCCAGUCCAUCGGGUUUGCCUACAGGUGAGAUGUUAGCUGCAGCUGCACAACUGCAAUUAGCGCCUAUACGCGAGUCAUCGGAAUUUGGUUCACCAUCCGAUGACCUCAAAUUUAAUCACUUCCUACAGUAUGCCAACAAUAACAACUACGGCAAUUUUCACACACAACAGCACAAUCAUAGUGGCAGCACGCAUUCGCUGCAGAGUAUUGGUAUUGGUGGUGGUGGUGGUGGUGGUGUUGUUGGUGUUAAUAGCGGUAUUCAUAUGGGCAAUGGAGGCAGUGGCGUAUUACUUAGUGGCGUUAAUAAUACUGGUAGUGGUGGUGGAAUUGGUGGAAGUGGUGGGGUUAGUAGUGAUAUUUAUAAAUUGCGUCAUAGUAUUGUUGGUGAUGCCAGCACCCAGGCAGCUGUUCAGAUGCUAACAACUGGUGGUCAUAGUCACAGCCGCAAUCAGCGCCAUCAUUCGGUCGGCGACGAUUUACUCUAUGACACGCUAACACCGCAAAUGCGAUCACCUGUACAGCAACAGUAUCAGCAACAGCAACAACAACAACAACGUAAUACAGUACCAACAGUUGUUGUGAUCCCAAAUACGAAUGGUGACCAUGACAUCAACGAUACGUCUCUAUAGAAACCCAAUGAAUAGAAGUGAAAUUAGAAAUUUCGAAAUAUCGCAAUUUUAUGCCAUAUUUUAGCGCCACAAACAUGCAACUUAUAUUUGACUAAACUCUAUAUACCAUAUUUGUAUUGUACGACAACCGUCACGACCCAAACAGCACGACCGCGCAUUCAUUUUUGGCACACCAAACAAUCACUCACACAUACUUAUAUAUUGUACAUAGGUGUAUGCUAGUACACUUAAUGUCGAUAAUUAGUUAGCUUCUCAUAGUGAAUAUUUGAAAUCGAGCUGGAACGUUUUAAAUUACAAGAACUCUAUAGAGAAUUUUAGUGUAAUGUGACUUGAGUGUUGGCAGUCAGCAACGUCCUGUUCAAUGUCGACAUGUGCGAUACGUUCGACAUUUUUAUGCAAAAUCUUGGGUGAAUAUUUUCUUCUUUACUCAUCAAUAGGGUCGCCUAAUACUACAUUUUAACUUAAACACAAUACAUUGCCAUUUCAUAAUAGUCACUUAAAAAAUGGUUAACUAUAUUAUAAAUUUCACUUUCCGGCUAACAAACUGAAUGUGGUACCUUCAAACCACAACCAUUGUGCCGUCAGAAAGAUAGUACAGCACUGAAAAUGAUUCACUAAUACAUGCAUACAAAUUAUUUUAUAAUCUCACGGCAUACCAUAUUUGCGGCGACCGAUAAGUUCGCGGCCUAAGGUGCUAAAUGAAUGAAAAGUAUGGUGUUUUAUAUGUAUUUAUAUAUUUUUUGUUUUUCAAUGUCGUGGCCUCAAAU